AUGGCGGCAGCGGCGACCUCCGAGCACAGCGGCGGCCUGCGAGCGAGCCGCACAUUGCCCGGCUCGCGCCUUUGCCGCCGACGAGCCGCUCGCCGCGUGGCUCUCAACUUUGCCGCAAAAAAGGCCAGCCGCGGGGGGAACGGCUGUCACCGAUCCCGCGCCCCGCACCAGCCAAGGCUCCUCGUCGCCGCCUCCAGAGGGGAAGGAGCAGCAGCCCCCUCCUCCCUUCCUUGCUCUGAGACCGACCUGGAGCAAGCCCGCGAGGAAAGGAGGGAUAAAGUGGGUGUGGUUAAUGAAACUGAUGACAUUGGGCCUUUGCGGGAAAUCAAUAUUACCAACCCGUCAACAUUCAGCUUCAGACUUUCCAAUCUGAACAUCAGCACUAAAUAUAAGUUCUAUGCAAGGGCCUGCACACUAGAAGGCUGUGGGAAACCAAUCACAGAGGAAGGGAUAACAAUCGCAGAAGGCAGUAAAGCUGUUGGGAAGAUUUCUGAAGCAGUAAAUCCCACCCCAAAGAUUCAGCCUCUUGAGGCGCUUGAACCUGGAACUGCAUACACAGUUCGACUAGUGACUAAGAACUGGGUUGAUAAUAAUAGCAUUUCUGCAGAUGUAAUUGAGUCAAGGGGGAGAGCUUAUGCUGGAAUUUAUGAAAGAAUCUCGACACAAGGCUGGUUUAUUGGACUGAUGGGUGCAAUUGCUUUGCUGACCUUGUUGUUGCUUACAGUUUGUUUUGUCAAAAGGAAUAAAGGAGGCAAAUAUUCAGUGAAAGAAAAAGAAGACUUACAUCCAGAUCCUGAAGGACAAUCCAUAAAAGAUGAAAUCUUUGGUGAAUAUAGUGACAGUGAUGAAAAACCACUAAAAGGAAGCUUGCGAUCUCUUGACAUGGACAUUAAGACUGCAGAGAGUGCAGAUAGUUUGGUGGAUUAUGGAGAUGGAGACCACAGAAUGUUCAAUGAAGACGGUUCCUUUAUUGGCGCUUACACCGGAUGUAAGGAGAAAGCAUCCGUUGAAAGCAUUGGGAGCUCUACAGCAACCUUUCCUCUCCAUGCAUAAAAUAUUAGCAUGAAUAAUACAUUUCAAGUCACCAUAUUUAUCUUUACUAGUCAUCAAAUAUCAUAUGAGUCAAAAGUAGGCUGCAGAGAAGUUCAAGACCACAGCAUUCAGCCUAUUUAGAAAUAGGGAUCUGACUUCAAAGCUGAUUUGUGAAAUUCUUAUUUAUCAAAACACAGGCAUUGUGAUUUCAUUAAAAUUUGUCUCAGAAUUAAAAUUUGGUAAGACAUAUGCCACUCGGCCUGACCAAAAGCACCACUACUUCAGUGCUAUAUAUACUUGUAUAUAGGGACCUGAAAUCUUCCAUUAUUAGUCCUAUAGAUAUAUGUAGCAGUGACAGCACUCAGGCAACUUACACUGGAAUUAUAGAUAAUGUUUUAGCUUGGUUUUUGGUAAUGGGGCAUUGUUUCCCUACUGUGAUCCUACAACGAAAGUGUGCUAUCAAAUCUUGGAUACAUAGACCAGGAUCCUGCAGAGGUGCUCUCCUAAUAGAAUGGUUUCUCUCAGCAAAACUAUGAAAUGGGCAUUUUCCCCUCCACUUAUUCUCCCAACACACACACAUUGAAAACCCUCCAGUGCAAAUUUCUGGGUAGUGUGGAAGUCUUCUCAGGCAGACUAGGUGAAAAUGUCUUUUUGUCCUAUCAAUUGGCCAAAAAUCUAGCACUAGAUUUCAGCCAUAGGAAAAUGCAGCCAAUACUUUGGGGACUGUUAUCUAAUGAAAUCUAAUCUAGUCUUUCUUUGUGUACAGUGGAGGAUAAAGUGUAAUCUGCACAACAUAUGUAGUUUAUAGGGUUGUUUUGCAGCCCUCACAAAUAAAAUAGAAGUUUUCAAAGAAGUUUUUUAAAAGAAAAAAAUCUGAAAUCCUUUCUAUGGGGUGCGAGAGGCUUUUUUUGCCACUUUUGGCCACAUCUCUCGGGCCAAUUUAAUUCCACAAGAGAACUUUUUCUGAAACAAUAUGUGAACCAGGAGUGACUUCUGCUCACUUUCUGUUGUUUUUCAAAAAGGCUUUUCUUAAACCUAAAAUGGUCCAUUGGGAUCUAAAAACAUACCCCAGAAGGAAUUUUGGGACAAAAUAAUUUUCUUUUUUCUUUUCUUUUUCCUUUCCUUUUGUUUUCUUUUCUUGGAAAUAUACAGUGCAGGGUAUAGCAUGUCAAGAUUUGCUGAGGCUCCAUUACCAAAUGUCUUGUCAGUAAUGGCAAUUGCUAGUGUCCUAACAGUGACCUACAAGUUUCUCAUUAGCCAGAAACUGGUCAGAAACAAUAUGAAGUGCUACACAUUCUGGUAACUAUGUUCUAAAAACUUGUUGGGGACAUUGUUACUCAGGAGACUGAGCUUUGAACAAAAAGUUCCCCUUUCUUGUAUGUUUUGUGCUUCUGUAUAUACAUUUCAAACCACAUUCCCUAAAAAUGUCAUGUAACAUCAUUACAGAAAUCAGGUUCCAGACAGAAAAAGCGGCAUACAUUAUUACUUUAGACAAAUCACAAAAGAACACCCCCAAAAAGAAAAAAAAAGCUUCACACCCUUUUUAUAUUCCCCCAAAACAUCCUGGUUGGUUUUGAAAUCUAUAUUCUGUUUUGAUGGCCAUUGCUGCAAGAUGCAAUUUUUCUAUCUGCCAACAAUGUGAUCACAAAGUGGUUGAAUCUUCUCUCUCUUUUGCCCACUAGCUGGCACUCUUUCUUUAUGAAAUCAGCUGCAAUAACACUCUAUUUGUGGUUGUGGUAAGCACGCAGCUGAUAUAGAGUCCUUGAGUACAAGCAGAAAUAGAUUCUUUUUAAACAAAUUGACAUCACUACCCCAUGUAUAUAUUUAUAUGCCUGCAUACCUUUUGUGAAUUUUUGUACAUAUUAUGUUUAUACAAAUUCUUUCAGGUGAGCCACAUUCCUUUUCUUUUACAGUAAAAUAACAAUUGAUAGAACAGGGCAUUUCAGCUCAGUAGCAAUUGUUGUUUUCUUGUCUCUAUGAUUUUUUAUAUACAUAAGGUUAAUUUUCCAUAUAAAGCACAUGAAGCCUUCCUUGUAUUACUUUAAAAAAAAACCCAACACCACAAGUUAUUCCCAUUCAAAUCCCCAAGCAUGAAUAUUUUGAAAUUCUUUUGAGUCUCAGCUUGAUUUCUGCUGAAUCAAAGCAAAUGCCAUUACCAAAAGGGCCUAUAAAUGACUUUUUAUUCCAGCAGAAUUCUGUCUUUGGUGUGUAAAACAACUGUCUCCUGAAGCUAUAUUCAUUGAGUGAUACACAAAAGUCAUCAUGCUAAUUGCAGUGAUAAUGGAACUGUUGCAUGAAAAACAAUCCUGGGGUAACCUCAGUAUUCUAUGUGAACCCAUUUUUAUUUGCUAUUCAGACUUAUUUCAUAGUAUUUGAUAGACAAAUAUCAACAAAUCUGACAUAUGCAUUCUUAUUCUGAGCAUGUACAAAUAAAUCUUAAUACUACUCUGGUUCUCUUUUAAUGUUAUUAUGAAUACAGUUGAGCCAAACCAUGAUCCUGAGCUAGUCCCAAACAUUUCAGCUGGGGAUUAGACCUACAAACCUAAAUUGUCACUCCCGACUAUAAGAGACUCAGCGAAUCAAUUGAAUUCAGAUAUGUUAACUUACUUACUUUCAAUGGCUUUACUCUAUUCAGGACUAACAAUUGGAAUUAAUUCUAGACAUCUUUAAAGCUUACGUUAAAAAGGAUCCCUAGACAUAAGAGUCCUAAUUAUUUCAGAGACACAGUCAGUGUAUUUUUGGCUAGGGUUUAUUAAGGAGGUAUUUUAUUAAGGUUUUCAGGUUUGUCUAUCCUGGCACAGAAUGGAGGAAUAUGUUUCAACUCAGCAGUGCUAGUAUACAAAGCUGCUAAAAUUUUAACUUGAUGCAGAGAUGCAGCAGUUCAUAUUUUCCUUGUGUAUAUUCAAUAUCUGAGCCAGCAUAACAUGUGCCUUCUCUAAAGUAGCUUAAGAACUCAUUUGAUACAAAUCAUGGCAUAAACUAGCUUCCAUUUGUAAGACUAUAUGGUAGAAUGUAUGGGAAACCAACUAGCUUUUUAGUUACACCACAGAAGAUAUUUGAUACCUGAGUGGAAAAACACUUAACAAGAUACACAGCAUGUGGGACACAUGUGAAAUUGGCAAUUAUAGUACCCAUAUUCUUGCAUGGGUGCACUGCCAUGCCCUUGCUUACCUGUCUUCAGCAUCUGGAUAGUACUGAGAGCAAGAGGUAGCCAUCUUGAGUACCAUUAUUUUGACAGAAAGCUAGGAUAUAAAUUUAAUAAGCAAACAAAGGAGGAGUA